UCUCUCUGCGGCUGAGGCGAGAUGGCGGCGGUGAAGGCGCUCAACCCCAAGGCCGAGGUGGCGAGGGCUCAGGCGGCUUUGGCCGUCAACAUCAGCGCCGCGCGGGGCCUGCAGGACGUCCUCAGGACCAACCUGGGCCCUAAAGGAACCAUGAAGAUGCUUGUGUCUGGUGCUGGAGAUAUCAAGCUUACCAAAGAUGGCAAUGUACUGCUUCAUGAAAUGCAAAUCCAGCACCCAACAGCCUCCUUGAUAGCCAAAGUAGCAACAGCGCAGGAUGACAUCACUGGAGACGGUACCACUUCCAAUGUCCUCAUCAUCGGGGAGCUGCUCAAGCAGGCCGACCUCUACAUUUCAGAGGGCUUGCAUCCUCGAAUAGUUACGGAAGGAUUUGAGGCUGCAAAGGAGAAAGCCCUUCAGGUCUUGGAGCAAGUCAAAGUAACAAAAGAAAUGGAUAGAGAAACACUGAUAGAUGUUGCCAGAACCUCUCUUCGCACCAAGGUGCAUGCUGAACUCGCUGAUGUCUUAACAGAGGCUGUAGUGGAUUCUGUUCUGGCAGUCCGAAAACCAGGCGAGCCGAUUGAUCUCUACAUGGUUGAGAUUAUGGAGAUGAAGCACAAAUCUGAAACUGACACGACGUUGAUCAGAGGGCUUGUCUUGGAUCACGGCGCUCGCCAUCCCGACAUGAAGAAGAGAGUCGAAGAUGCUUUCAUCCUUACUUGCAAUGUGUCAUUGGAAUAUGAAAAAACAGAAGUAAACUCCGGAUUCUUCUAUAAGAGUGCAGAAGAAAGGGAGAAGCUAGUGAAAGCAGAAAGGAAGUUCAUCGAAGAGAGAGUGAACAAAAUUAUCGAACUGAAAAAAAACAUCUGUAAAGACUCUAAUAAAGGCUUUGUUGUGAUCAACCAAAAGGGGAUUGACCCUUUCUCCUUGGACUCCCUCGCGAAAGAAGGGAUUAUAGCUUUACGCAGAGCAAAACGCAGGAACAUGGAAAGGUUGACCCUUGCUUGUGGUGGUGUUGCUAUGAAUUCAGUAGAGGACAUCUCUGUUGACUGCCUGGGACACGCAGGCCUUGUCUAUGAAUACACACUGGGCGAAGAGAAGUUCACCUUCAUCGAGAAAUGUGACAACCCUCGUUCUGUGACUCUGUUGAUCCGGGGACCCAAUAAGCACACUCUGACGCAAAUCAAGGAUGCCAUCAGGGACGGGCUUCGUGCUGUCAAAAAUGCUAUUGAGGAUGGCUGCGUAGUUCCAGGUGCCGGAGCUGUCGAGGUCGCCAUAGCCGACGCCCUUGUGAAACAUAAGGCCAGCAUCAAAGGAAGAGCCCAACUUGGGGUUCAGGCUUUUGCCGAUGCACUGCUUAUAAUUCCUAAGGUACUUGCUCAGAACUCGGGCUUCGAUUCUCAAGAAACACUCGUGAAAGUUCAGGCUGAAUAUGCCGAGUCAGGACAACUUGUUGGUGUUGAUCUAAACACUGGUGAGCCAGUGAUGGCAGGAGCAGCUGGGAUCUGGGAUAAUUACAGUGUUAAAAAGCAAUUACUGCAUUCAUGCACCGUGAUUGCUAGCAACAUUCUCUUGGUUGACGAAAUAAUGCGGGCCGGAAUGUCGUCUCUCAAAGGCUGAGCUGAAAAGCCCCUUUGAGCAGC